CGGAAGGCCGGUCCACUCCUCCCCAUGGUCCAUUUCAUCAAAGCAGAUUACAACAACAAGCUGCCCCAAACAGUAGCUCCUACAGUAGUAGUAGUCGUGCCCUCUCAUCGUCUUCUUCCUCCUCUCUGAAUCAUAAAAGAAACUCAAAAGCCAGUGAAGCUUCCUCUUCCUCCAAUGAAUCUACCUCCUCCGCUGCAUAUAUCCAAGCAUUCUUUACUCGCGCCACUAGCUAGCUAGCGUGCUCUGCAUGCCAACGCCACCUCGUGUCCACUAGCCGUACGUACGUAGCAGCUUCUCUCAAGAGCGCAGCGCGCCAUGAGCAACGUGUUCGGCGUCGGCGGCCAUGGCCGUGGUGACCACGGACAUGGAGGAGGAGGAGGGGAGCAGCAUGGGGGAGCGGACGGCACGCUGCUGUGCUACUUCCACCCGCGGGAGCUGCUGGUCGGGGUCUGCGCGCACUGCCUCCGGGAGCGCCUGCUGCUGCUCCUCGCCGCCAAAAGCAACAACGGCGGGGGCCGCGCGCGCCCGCCGGCCGACGGCGCCAGCUACCUGUCGGCGCGGCCCUACUGCCGGGCGCUCCGGCGCCGGACCGGCAGCCUCUCCAGCUCGCUCCCCAAGGUGUUCGCGCUCGGCUCCUUCCUCCAGCGCCUCGACUCCUCCCGCCACCACCACCACCACCACCCCGACGAGGUCGUCCACGACCACGACGGCGGCGGCGGUUGCGAGGACAAGGACAGGAACGCCGGCGCCGAGGACGACGACGCGGCCUCCGUCGCGAGCCUCGAUGAUUCCUUCAUAUCCAUCAAGUUCGAGGACAACGGCAAGGCGACGUGGGUGGACAGCCAGCAGACGUCACUAAAGCCGGUGCGCGAGGCGCCGGCGGCGGCGGCGGCGGCAGCGACGACCAAGACAACGAAGACGACGGCGUUGGUGGUGGAGCAGGCGAGCCGGCGGGGCGGCGUGACGCGGUGGCGGAAGCAGGUGGUGGGGCGGCUGCUGCAGCUGGCGCGGUGGAAGCGGGCGUCGGGCAAGCAGUCGUCGUCCUCGGCGGCGGCGGACCAGCGGUCGAAGGUGCGCGGCGGCGGCGGCCGGGGCUGGAUCCGGAGCCUGACGCGGCGGCGCGCCGCGCACGGCGAGAGGGCGUGGUCGUGAGCGGGCCACGGCCACCUACACGUCCACACGUGAUCGGUGGAUCGAGGAGUAUGUUAUGUACGUACGCACGUGGCGCUCCUGUUUGUUUGUGACCUUGUGCAUACGGCCAGCCACAGAUCCAUCCAUAGCCAUAUCCAUUUCCAUAUAGCAAUCAUAAUCAUAUAUAGAUAUAUAUAAAUUUACACAGCAAAAGAAGGGAAGAAUCGCAUUAAUAUUCUGCAGAUCUCGUUUCUUUCUUCUUGCAUGAGAGGUGUUUGUUUGUUCCCAAGAAUCUUGCUUGCUCAUGAGUUUUGACAUAUAUAAAAACAGAUUUAAAAAACGGCUCGUUGUGUAUGCAUACAAAUGUAUGUUUUUCGUUCCGGCAACAAGUGCUGCCAUGGUAUUACUCUCAACUCUCAAGUCUGGAUUGCUUGUGUAGUGUCGAUUUUCAGCAAACAUCCGAGAUAAUUUUUGAUGUGUAUGCGUGCGUGCGUGUGUUGUUUGUUGUGAUGUAUUGUCCUGUACUAGAUGAGUAUAAGAAGAUUGGGAAUGUUUGUUAGCUGAGUAGACAUCGGCAGGCAGCUGAGGAUCACCUUUCAGCUGCCGCUGCAGCGACUCAAGUGACAAGGACGGAAUGACAGAUUGUAGAAUAGGUAGAUCGAUGAUGGGUUUGGUAUGUUGACGCACGCAUGCUAUGCUCUCUAUACAUGCCGUCUAGUUGUCUGUGUAUGCUACUACUUUUUUUUCAUCUUUCUUUAGCUGCCUUUUCCUCCUCUCUGACGGCCCCAACAGAGCUUUAGCAGGGUCAGAGACAUAGUAUCUCCUUUCAAGGAGAAAGGAGAAAAGAGAAGGUUUUGAGGAAAGCAGACAAGAAAUUCCUGGAUAGAUUAGAUGGGAGGGAUCUCAAACAAAGC